GUAAGAGCUACGCACGGCACGCGCCGUCCAUCCCCUGCGCUCGCGCUCUCACCGUGGCAGAUCCGGAGUCGAGAGGGACAGCUCCCAGGUGCUGAAACUGGUCGGAGACGCACCAGCGUUCGCGUUUAAGAGUCAGAAAAUAAAGCCGAAUUCUGCACAGCAGGGGCAGACGCGCGUGCGACCGAGGCCUUCGAAGCAGAUGGCUGCCACUCAGGAUGUCAAAGGGAAAGGAGAGGGAGGAGACCAAAAUUUUGACUACAUGUUCAAGUUGCUGAUCAUCGGCAACAGCAGCGUGGGUAAAACGUCCUUCCUGUUCCGCUAUGCCGACGACGCCUUCACUUCAGCCUUUGUCAGCACAGUGGGCAUCGACUUCAAGGUGAAGACCGUGUACAAGAACGACAAGAGGAUCAAACUGCAGAUCUGGGACACUGCAGGCCAGGAGCGCUACAGAACCAUCACCACUGCUUAUUACCGCGGCGCCAUGGGCUUCAUCCUCAUGUACGAUAUCACCAACGAGGAGUCCUUCGGAGCCGUGCAGGACUGGUCGACCCAGAUAAAAACCUACUCAUGGGAUAAUGCACAGGUGGUGCUGGCUGGCAAUAAGUGUGACAUGGAGGAGGAGAGAGUUGUCUCGGUGGAUAGUGGCAGACUCCUGGCAGAACAGUUGGGUUUUGAGUUCUUUGAAACAAGCGCCAAGGACAACAUCAACGUCAAGCAGACCUUUGAACGUCUAGUCGAUCUCAUUUGUGACAAGAUGUCGGAGAGCCUGGACACUGAUCCGGCUGUCACCACGGGAGCCCCCACCGCCAAACUGACAGACAGCGCUCCCCCACUCCAACAACCCGCAUGCAACUGUUAGUGAGCGACGCCUCAGAGCAGCACACAUCCUGAUGGGUGGUAGAGUGAGCAGCAUUAUCACUCUGCUAGUACUGCCUUCUCCGGACUGCAGUUCAAAUUUUUCUUCUGUAGUAAAACAGCAAAAAAUAAAAAAAUUGAAAAAAAAGAACAAACAAACAAGGCUGUCGCGUUAUCUCCUGACUUUAUCACCAUACAUAACGAGCAAAUAACCAGAAAAACAGUCACAGCUAAUGUAAAACGUGCAACAUCACAGGUUAGCUAGAACAUAGCGGAACGAUAUUCUCAUUAUUCAGCUACAGAAAUGGUAAUACACUUAUGUGAUUGGCAGGGUUAAAUCGUUCUUACUCAUCCUGCACAGGUAAGACCUUUAAACUCUUUAAGACCACAAGAGAUAGAAUCAGUGAGUGCUUCAAUGAAUCAGUUUCUCUGUGAGGUGUGAAUUUUCCUUUAAAUGCCUUUUUUUUUAUUUAACCUCAUGUAGCUGCCAGAUCUUUUUGAUUUACAGCAACUAGAUGAUGUAGCGGCUUUUUCUUUUUUCUGUACAGUAAGUGAGUGUGAAUAUGCAUGAGUGUGACGUCAAAAUACCAUCAUAGAAAAGAAAAAAUUAAAUCAUCUACCUUCGGGGCAAAAAAGUGGCCUUUUAGAAUUAAACAUGGCCUCUGUAAGUCCCUCUGUUCUGUUGGAAUGAAUCCAUUCUGUUUAAGUAUGAUUUCUCCCUCUUGGUUUCUGUAAUAACACCAGAAAAUCUUAAAAGCAACUCGGUUGUCAUCCUCAGCUUUUCCAGUUUGAUGAAAAGAGCAUGUUGCCAAAAAUGAAUGAAACAAACGUGCUGUUUUAUCUAAUAGACCAUAACCAAAAGUCUACAUCCCCUGAUCCAUGUGACUUCAUUUAAUGAAACUCUCAUGCUGUCAAAGCACAAUCAAGUGUUUCAAACAAAUGUGUUCUGGCAUGGAAUAAACAGCCAUAAUUUCUGAGUCAGCAUGCUUUUGUGCUGCAAAACUUAAACCCCUUCUUGAAGAAACAAACAAAAAAAUCAAUAAGUUGCUUAUAAAUCCUAGAAACACACCCUUCUGCAGACAAACUAAUCUCUUUCAUGAAAAGUCCACAUUUAAUCAGUUAUUUUAUUUGAAAUAUAUACAAAACUUUUUGUGCCAAAUCAUUUUUUUCAUGAAUUUUGUUUGUUGCAUAGUUGAAUAAAAUCAGAAAAAAAUGCAUGAAGUCCGUCCUCACCCGUCCGUGUAGAUUUAUAUAAUAAGACACUGUAUAUAAUUAUAUCACUCUGUGUAACAGAUUUAGAAGCAUUUUCAUAGCACUUGCUAUGAGAUGCAAAAGGGCCAAUAAGUGCAAUAUUUUAUGAAUUAAAUUAUGUAAAUAGUUUCUGUCCUGGAGUUCGAUUGCUCCUGUCUGUUGUGUGAGAGUGAAGGUAGGUGGUUCUGAAGAUAUUGCAUGCUCUCUGAAAAAGGGUCAGUGGAACGAGUGACUCAAUUGUGUGUGCAGGCGUGUGUGCAAGCGUGUGUGUGUGUAAGCGUGUGCGUGUUUACCUGCCAUAUUGCAGAGAUAAAUUACAGUUAUAAAGUGUUUGUGUAUACCUUUUGUACAACUGUAUUUGCGUGCUGUAUGCUGUUCCUGCUAUCUGUUGGACGUCGACUGUCCUAUUAUCUUGUCAAAUGCAGUGUUAUUGUGAAGAUAGUCAGGGAGAUAACAUAGUCCAUGCCAUACACUGUACUGUUAAAAGUCUAUAUUAAAGAAAAAUAAUAAUUUUAAAAGGGAAACAAGUUCAGAUUCUGCACAUGUGUUUGAACACGUGACCUGUGUGUUAGCAUCUGUAAGUGUGUGAUAGUUGUCGCCAUGGAACCAAUUAUAGUAGAUCCAAGAUUCAUUUCAAGGAAAAGAAUAAGGACUGUCAAACAAUCGGAUAGAAAACCUGCUUUAGGAAACUUUACACAUUACUAGUUAUAUUUCUUGGAGUGCAAAUGAAGUAAAAAUAAAAGUAUGUUUUUGAGAUUAUAGGAAAUAAAUUCAAAUUCUAUCAAA